AAAAUUUAAUAUUAUAUGUAAAGUCAAGGUUAAGUUUAUAAAUUGGAAAAAAUCACACUGGAGUAAAUUUGACUGCAUGGGACAAUCUAUCCACAAUUUGAGGAGAAGCAAUUAUUAAUGUGACAAAAUGUAGAGGAGGCUGGGACAAAAAAUGUUUUAUAGUACGAGAUUUUAUAAACAUGGUAAAUAAUCAGCAGACAUUAUUUUUUGACACAAAGCUGUGAUUUACUGUAUCUGGGGUGAUGUCAACCAUUGGUGAUUACUUUAAUGCCAGUAACCGGCUUCAGAGCUCUGUCUCGCGUCUCCUAGACAUGAUUGAGGACACCACGCACCAGCUGUAUGACACAAAGCGGACCCAACACGAACUGGUCACCACGGUGUCGUCAGGGCAACAGGAGUCGCUGUCCAUCUCCACGCGGUGUGACGAACUGGAAGAGAGGCUGCGGGAAGAAGUGGAGGCCAAGGAAUACCUAGCUAUGGAGCUACACAAGGCAGAAGGUUUAAUAGAGGGCUACAGCACAGAACGAGAUCAGCGAGAACAACAAGUCAGGGACCUGGAGGAGAAAACGGAAGCCCUGGUGCUGGAAUUAGAGACGACUAAAAAUAGACUCCUGGACCUGGAAGCGUCGCAUCACGAGGCGACGUCGCUACGCAGCGAGAUGCAGCGACAGAGAGAACUACUCAACGAUAGCGUCGGAGAUCAGGCUCAAGGUUUCCAUGACAACCGCCCUUAUUACUUGGUUCCUUUGGUUCCACUAGGUGUCGCUGUAGGCUGGUACUUCCUCAGGGAGUGGUUAUUGUAGGCAGACUCAGGGAGGGGUUAUUGUAGGCUAGUAUUUCUUCAGGGAGAUGUCAUUGUUUUGGUAAGAAGUUGAUAUAAAGUUUUAUGCAGCUGAUAGAUUAUAAAGCCUUUAAUGGAAAAUGCUCAGCUUUAAAGAAAAGUUUUCAUUACAAUACUGUACCGAUGGAAAGGGAGUAGUAGAUGUAGAGAAAGAAUAGAAGAGAGAGGAGGGAGAAGUCAUUGUGAGAAUGUUAUUUUCCAAAAAAUCCUCACUUGGAAUAGGAGGAUUAAAGUAAUGUAAACAGGAAGAGAUAAUUGACUGCUCCCUAUUUAGAAUAUAUAUUACUGAAAUCCAUGGACAUUUAUUAUGAAGUAUUAUAUUAGCAUGAAAUAUAUUUAUAUUCAUAUAUUAUUUGAUCUCAUUUUCCAGUAGUUGCAUGUGAAGUGCUACAUGUAUGAAUGGUACAUUGAGACUUUUGGGGGGUGUUGAUUGCAUUUUUGAUAUGGCUAUUACAAU